AUGGACCUCCCCAGUAGCGCACCGACCGCGCCGACGGCAUCGCCAAUGUCGUCGCCUGAAUCCAUUCACGCGACACCUCCAACGUCAAGUCCGGCCCCUGCGAUACCAUCGCCCACGAAGCGCAUGCGAAGACGCCGCAUAUAUCGUCCCGACGAGGGCUCCCUCUACGACUUGUUGUACGAACAUGCUGGUCUGUCGCUAUUUGUUCGCCCCAUUUGCUGGACCGACCUACACAUCCGCCUCCUCAAUGCCAGGUUCAUUGAGCUUCCUCCUUGCGAUACUCCCGUCCCUCCUCCUUCGCCACGGGGCGCCCCCGUCUCCCCUUCGAAAUGCCACAUGAAGCCAUCGGCUGCCGCGACGACGCUCAGUCGUGAGCUUACCGCAAUGCUGGCGCCGGGCUCGACGAGAAGUUUCUACACCAACUCGAUACGCACCAUCAUGUCUACCCUCUACCCCGGCAAGCUAUCGCGUGCGCGCACACAGUUUGACAUGCACCUCUACUUCGGCGGUCUCGUCUAUCGCGAAACAUGUCGCGUGCAGGUUGCGUGGGAUGCGAUGCCGUCCCGUAGCGGCUCCAUUGCCUCGUUUGAGUCGGCCUCGACACGCCCGGCAGAGUCCUUCAACAUUGUACCAUCGGGUGCCAAUGUUAGCGCGAGCAACGGUAGCAGCCAGCAGUCGACAUAUACCCAGCCAGUUCUGGCCUAUAUUGGCAAGCUGCAGAUUGCCGCUACUCGCAAGAACAUGUACCGCGUCAUUCCGGGUCCCAACAGAGCGUACAACGGGCCUGUCGAGCGUCUGCAGCAGCUGCGUUCCAAGACGUUUGUGCCGGCCAACCCCAACCAUGACCCGCUCCUUGUGGGUAUUAUGCUGGCAAUGGCCCAGAGACGCUUCUACGGCGAGCCACUGCCCUCGGCAAACAAGUGGAUUCCAUCGCGGCCUAUGCCCACUGGGCUAGGGGAGCCAGUAUUCCACGAUGUGACGGUGGAGCUUCUCACAAACGACAACGAGACAUCCGACUUCAUCGUCUACAAGGGCACGGUCACUGCAGAACUCCUCCGCAAGUUUCACGAGCCUACCAAGAACCUUGGCACGAUAGCCAGGGAGACGGCUGCCGACAAGGUCGAGAGAUUGGCGUGCGACGGCGGUAUGCGCAUCGAGUACACAAGGGUGCCGGUGUGGCCUAUCCUUGGCCUCAAGGAGAGGCUCGGCAAGGCGCUCGGUAAGGAGGUGGUAGGACAUUUCGACGAGGACAAUAUUGAGACGUGGGAGGAGGAAGCGGAGCGGAAUUCCGACAAGCUCAAGCGACGAAGGGAUCGCGAGGCCCUUGCCGAAGUGUUGAAUGGCAGCUUCGAGGAAGAGGCCCCCGACGGUAUGCCUCUCAGUGGGAAACGAAGAUGUUUAGUUGACGAGGAAAGCGGGCAGGUGGGCGUGGUCGUCUGA